AUGCGCAUCGCCGUGCUUCCAGCAUCUCCGAAAACCGGGCGGGCGACAAUCAAAGCCCUCCUCGAGUCCGACCAACUCACCACCCCCCUGCAUGUCCAGGGCAUCUAUCGCGACCCGUCCAAGGCCCCCGCCGAAUUUCUGUCGCAUCCCAGCUUCCAUGCCGGGCAAGGUGAUCUCAGCGACGCGAAUACCUUAGAGCUCGGUGGCGUGGACAUGGUCCUGGCCAUCACACCCCCGCGAUACGAUGCCAGCGACAUCCUACAAUGGGCGCGCGUGGCGUCAGAGAACACCCGACUUGCAAUCCAGAAGGCCGGCACAGUGAAACGCGUGGUGCUGCUCUCCAGCACGGGGGCGGAGCAGCCCUCAGGGACUGGAGAAAUCAUGACCAACCAUAUCGCCGAGGAGAUCCUGCAACACGCAGCCCCGGAGGUCAUCUUCAUGCGCUGUGCGUAUUUCAUGGAGAACUGGGAGUCGGCCAUCUCGACCGUCAGGACGGACAACCCGCAUUUCUACUCGGUCAUCACGCCGCUGGAUUAUCGCGUCCCAAUGGUCGCCGUCGAUGAUAUCGGACGGGCAUGUGCCACCUACCUGCUGGGCCUCGAACCCCCCCGAAGCCCAUAUGUGGUGGAAGUCCGUGGGCCACAGGAAUACACCGUGAAUGAGGUCCAACAGGCCCUUCAUGACGCUGUCGGUCAGGAGGUCGAGAUCAGACCGGUGAAGAAAGAAGACUUUCCUGAUUUCUUUGGCCGGUUCCUGCCGCAGAGCUCUGUUGGUCUGUUCGUGGAGAUGACGAACAGUUUCUUGCCGGGGGGUGUGAUCGCUUCGGCUAUCCCAAACCCUGAUGUGCGGGUGUAUCGAGGACGGAUGGGGUUGGGGGAGUGUCUGGGGAAGAUUUCUGUGCCUGCGAGGUAA